AUUUGAUGUGCACUCCCUACUUAAUUUAACACUUACCCUUGGUAUCCCUUUGUGAUAACAACCCAAUUUUUAACUUUCAGGUUAUACUCAACUUAAUUCUUUCUCACAUUCUUGCCAGAUUAGUCCAGUAAGAAGUAUCCUUUUUUCCUUAACAGUUUGGGGUAUAAUUCAAAUACCAUCCUAACCGAUUUAAAGUGUACAGUUCAGUGGUUUUUAGUAUAUUCACAGAUAGAUGCAACCAUCACCCCAAUUUUAAACAUUAUCAUUACCUCAAAAAAGAAAAAGACCAUACCUUUUAACUAUCAUCUCUCACCCUCCAUCCCCCAGUUCUCCAACCCAAUUUUUACUUUUCAUUUACAGCAGAACUUCCAUAAUUGACCACCUCCCUACAUUAACCACCUCCUUAACCUCCUGAAAUUAACCUAAUUUUCAUAGAUAAGACAUGUACAACAUGUGCGUAUCAGUACAAUGGCCUAGUUUCUUUCUUUCUUUCUUUCUUUUUUAGAGACAGUCUCACUUUAUUGCCCUAGGUUGAGUGCUGUAAUGUCACAGCUCACGGCAACCUCCAACUACUGGGCUUAGGCGAUUCUCUUGUCUCAGCCACCAAGCAGCUGGAAUUACAGGUGCCCGCCACAAUGCCCGGUUGCAGUUUGGCCCGGGCCGGGUUCUAACCUGCCACCGUCGGUAUAUGGGGCUGGUGCUCUACUCACUGAGCCACAGGUGCCGCCCCGGAAACCUGGUCUUAUGCACCUAAAUGUCCUCAGCGCCCAGCUCUGAGCCAGGCACAUAAAAUGUGAAGGAACUUACUGAAGAAACUAAGAGCUCCUGGAUGAGUCAGGGAACUCGCUCGGCACAGGGUGCCAAAAGGCCAGCCAAUAGCCUGCCUGCCCCACGUCCUUGGGAACCGACAGGAAGCGGCGGUGGGUGCAUCGGUGCCCGGCAGGUGGCGCUACAGACCCGCGGCCCGGGGUCUUCUCUGCGCGACGCCGGACGCAGCGCACGGUCACGCAGCCCCUUUUCCGCCGUGCGGCCCUCUGGGCUGGUCGCUGCACACACCGGUCCUGAGCGCGUGUCCGGCUCGGAUCCUUGCCCCGCACCGCGUCGGGCGCCAUGGCUCUCCCCGGAACCCGGGCCCGCGGCUGGUCGGCGGCGGCCAAAGCGGCACAGCGGCGCCGCCGCGUGGCGGGCGCGGGAGGAUCCCUGCGUCCUGAGCCCGAGAGCCGGCGCGCGGCGCUUUAUGUGCACUGGCCCUACUGCGAGAAGCGCUGUAGUUACUGCAACUUCAACAAGUACAUACCCCGUGGUGUAGAGGAGGCUGCCAUGCGGAAGUGUCUGGUGACGGAGGCUCAGACGCUGCUGCGGCUCAGCGGGGUGCGACGGGUGGAGUCUGUGUUCUUUGGUGGAGGAACCCCCAGUCUGGCCAGUCCUCACACUGUGGCUGCUGUCCUGGAGGCGGUGGCACACUCAUCCUACCUGCCUGCAGACUCCGAAGUCACAUUGGAGGCUAAUCCUUCUUCAGCCCCAGGCUCCAGGCUGGCGGCAUUCGGGGCAGCAGGGGUCAACAGGUUGUCCAUUGGCCUCCAGUCCCUGGAUGACAAAGAGCUCCGGCUGCUGGGGAGAACACACUCGGCCAGUGAUGCCCUGCGGACACUGGCAGCAGCCCGGCACAUCUUUCCUGGGCGUGUGUCUGUGGACUUGAUGCUGGGACUGCCGGGACAGCAGGUGGGGCAGUGGCUCAGGCAGCUGCAGGAACUGCUACACUACUGUGAUGACCAUAUCUCCCUCUACCAGCUGUCCCUGGAGAGAGGCACCGCACUCUUCGCACAGGUGCAGCAAGGUGCCCUUCCCACCCCCGACUCAGAGCUUGUGGCUGAGAUGUACCAGAGGGGUCGAGAAGUCCUUCGCCAGGCUGGCUUCCGCCAGUAUGAGGUCUCCAACUUCGCCCGAAAUGGGGCGCUCAGUACCCACAAUUGGACUUACUGGCAGUGCGGUCAGUACCUCGGUGUUGGACCUGGAGCCCAUGGACGAUUUAUACCCCAUGGUGCUGGGGGACACACCCGGGAGGCUCGGAUCCAGACCCUGGAACCUGACAACUGGAUGAAGGAGGUGAUGCUGUUUGGUCAUGGCACCCGGAAGCGUAUCCCCCUGGGCAGGCUGGAGACCCUAGAAGAAGUUUUGGCCAUGGGGCUGCGCACCGACACAGGGAUCACUCACCAGCACUGGCAGCAAUUUGAUCCCCCGCUGACCCUGUGGGAUGUGUUUGGAGCAAGCAAGGAGGUGAAGAAGCUGCUGGAACAAGGCUUACUGCUGCUGGAUCACAGAGGUCUUCGGUGUUCCUGGGAAGGUCUGCCUGUGCUGGAUUCUCUGUUGCUGACCCUUCUGCCUCAACUCCAAAAGGCCUGGGAGCAGAGAACCCCCGCUCCUGUGCCUGGAGGAUGACCAUAUGUUCCUGAAUCCCAGGGUUUUACCAGAGCUCCUGGGGCAGCUGUGGAGGUGAGCUAUCUCCCAAGAAAGAACUCAUUCACCUGCAAGGAAGGCAGUUAGCUGAGAGAGCCUAAAGAAUACUCUGCCCAGAGGACACACUGGGUUGGCCAAGACUUUCUUAGAUCUGAAACACAAUCUGAGGGUCUUCCAGCCCAGUCCUGCUUCCUUCCCCUUCCUGGGCCUUAGCCUUGCACCUUCUCUCCCUGAAAUAAACCUCUUGUGCUCCUG